AUCACAUAUUACUGUUAACGAAGUGGGCCUUGGUAAAAAAUUCCUCGGCAACGUUCACCUCUGCCUGAGAUUUAUUCAGUCUACCCCCAAAACUCCACAAAGAAACAUAUAACUUUCAAUUUUUAUUUUGCUUUUACCCAAAACUAUCAGAAUGUUUGAGUCUUUUGAUUGGAACUCGAGAUUAGAUCUGAAGAAUUUCCGUGAAAUAAAACAAAGAGUUGUGAAGAAAAUCGGGGAUCUGGAGCGCAAGGGAGUUGUGUGGGGACGCCUCAUUUGCAUAGAAGAUGCCAAGGAUGAUGCUUUUUUCCGUUUCAUGAGGGAGAACUCCUGAAUCGGUUCACAAAAUUUAAUCAACGAGUAUUAUAAGUUACUUUGAAGCCAAGACAAGACUUAAAAACAAGCAGAUACUCGUUCAAUAAACAAAAUGCAUUAUCAUGCUUAA